AUGAAGUCCGAUCCUUCUCAGUUCAGCUCGGUCUUCCAGCCCUUCUGCUCUUCUUACCUCAGCUACUCUACUGUUCCUACAGUCACCAUCACUGCCACUUCUACAGUCGCACCCGUGGCUACUUCGACUGCGUACGCCACUUCUACCGCACCUGCCAUGCGCAAGCGUGAUGAUGGCGAUGAGUCCGAUUACUUCCCCGGCUUGACGACCAACUCAACCAACGCCGUCCCUGCCGUUUACGAUUCCAACAAGAACGUCACUUGGUACCUGCCCGUUGAGUCCAUCGAUUCUGAUGAUUCUGCAAACUCUACCGCUGCUCCUGCCAAGCGCGAUAUCUCAACGCCUUCUGUUUUGACCAAGUAUCCUGCUACCGUCAUCUCUUCGGCUUGCGCUAUGCAAGUCAGCCAAAACACUGUUGCCUCGACUGUUACAGUCAAUGCGACCACUACCCUUGCUCCAUCGACCAUUAUCACCACGAUCGUGACCACCGUCACAGCCAGUGCCUCGACCACUAGCUCUUCGACCUCGUCUACUAGCUCUUCUUCUGCUGCGGCUACCACCGCCGCAAACUUGAAACUCCGCGUCUCUUCCUCAGGCACCAGCGCCGAUGGACAAGAACUCGAGUUCGAUUCUUCCACUGCCGCUUCAGGCUAUUCUAAUGUCUACAUCAACUACUACACCUACUCAGGCCUUCUCCACGGCUCUGCCAUCACCCCCGGCUUCUACCUUGACCCUUCUACAGGCUACCUCAAAGACAAGAAAUACGGCUACAUCAUGGCAGUCUACAACAGCUUCUUCCCUGGCACUGGCUUGGCAUACACAGUCAUGUUCUUCCCCGCCAACAAGGUCAAGGCUAAUGGAUACAUCCCUGUUACCUGCAGCGGUUCCUCGGUGCUCAAGUGCUCGGCUAAGAACUCUGCUGGCUCUGUUCUUGAUAAUGUUUUCAUUCAUCCUCAGGUCGCUCUUACUGGUGAUGUUUACUGGUCGUUGAGACUUGGUGAUGAUAACUACAUUCCUCUGUUGGGCGAUUCUGCUGCUCAGAUUGGAUUCCAGUAA